CACAACUUGACCAGCAGCAAUGCUUUCCCGAGUCGCGGUGCGUUCACGCCAGGCCCUCAGAGCCGUCGCAUUAAGGCCUGCCUAUCCCUAUCCUCCCCGCUACAUCCAGUCGUCAUCGUCCUCGAGAGCAUCCGCUGUACCCUUCACUGAACCUACCUCCCCAAAUCCCGCCAUCACUAAAUACGCUCAAACCGCCGAGGCUCUACAUACAUAUGGCUCUUACCUCACCCAAUGUCUACCCAAGUUCAUCCAGCAGUUCUCAGUGCUCAACGACGAGUUGACGUUGUACACCGCGCCUUCCGGCGUCAUUCCCGUUCUGACCUUCCUCCGCGACCAUGCCCAGUGCCAGUUCAAGAGCGUCAUGGAUAUCAGUGGUGCCGAUUAUCCUGAACGGGAAAAGAGAUUCGAAGUCGUCUACCACCUUCUCAGUGUUGCGCAGGCUGGUAGAAUCAGGGUCAAGACGUACGCCGGAGAAGGAGACUACGUACCUAGUGCUGUGAAAAUCUUCCGGGGCGCUGACUGGUAUGAGCGUGAAGCUUGGGAUCUUUUUGGAAUAUUCUUUAGCGACCAUCCUGAUCUUCGCCGUAUUCUCACUGACUAUGGAUUUGAAGGCCACCCUCUACGCAAAGACUUCCCGCUAACUGGCUACACUGAGCUUCGAUAUGAUGAAGAACGUAAACGCGUUGUCUAUGAGCCCCUUCAACUUACUCAGGCUUUCCGAAACUUCGAAUCACUUUCUCCUUGGGAGCAAGUCGGUGAUGGAACCAAAGCACCCAGGCCUGAUAAUCUGAAGCCGUUGCCCCCGCCGAAAGUAGAGGAAGUGAAGUAG